UUCGCCUCGCACCAUGCAGACGGUCCCUUGGCCCUGCCUGACGGUUCAGUGUUCCCCCCUCCCCCACCAGCCGCGCUCCUGUUCCACUCAAAGAUGGCGUCGGCUCCGGAGCCUCUGGUCUCUGGCUGCCUUCUUAGGCUUGUUGUUGUCUCCGUCCCGCACGGUUCCGGCACCUUCCCCUCGGCGGCUCGACGCGGAAUCCCGGAUUUGUCAGCUACCGGAGCGCAAUAGGCAUGAAGGUGAUCGGCCCUGGCUGCUCUCUGGGGUGAGACAUCGCUUCCGUCCCACAGCUGAGGAGCCCAGGCUGCUGGUAGAGUAGAAGACGUCACGUGAGAACGAGGGACGAGGAGGGAACGCGGAUGCAGAGAAAAUCCUCAACUUGUGGAACCGUCAUGUCCAACAGAAACACCAAUUUCACUUCUUGGAGACCAGUGUCAUCUUUUUACCGUGCACAUUGAGAAUUGACUAGUCUGCAAGCAACACAAAACUGGCUGAACACGCGCUAUAAUCCUUGUAUAGGUAGGUAGGAAGGUUUUUACGACCGGCAAAGUGGGAAGCACCAGAUCCAUCCGACACUGUGUGCUGUGGGAGUGUAAUUGGUUAAUAGACCUUUUACUUCCUCCACACCCCCUGCUUCUCGCCAGGGAGCGUCACCUGGCUGGGAGUGGGUGGUGGGGGGACCUGAUUUUACCGAGUGGAGGCCGGGCUCAGGGAGUUUGUGCUAUGGUUAGCUGCUCUUCUCCGUGCUGCUCACACUCAGCUUCUGAGGGACUCUCUGUACGACCCCAGGACAAGGGAUAGUAAGCAGGCAGAGGGCAACGAAGAGGAGGAGGCGGCGCUGCGGCGCAUGCCAGGUAUUUCCUUGGCUUCCAGUCCCUAUUUUUUUGUGUGCAGUCAACGCGGUAAGGCCCCAGGGCCCCUGCGUCCACCCAGACUGCAGCCAUGGUGAAACUGGCAAACCCUGUGUACACACAAUGGAUCCUAGAGGCCAUCAAGAAAGUGAAGAAGCAGAAGCAGCGACCAUCAGAGGAGCGUAUUUGCAAUGCGGUCUCCAUGUCGCAUGGUCUGGACCGCAAAACGAUUCUGGAGCAGUUAGAACUCAGCGUCAAGGAUGGUGCCAUCCUUAAGGUCUCCAACAAAGGUCUAAACUCCUAUAAGGACCCUGAUAACCCUGGGCGCUUUGCUCUGAUCAAGCCCAAAAGUGGUGGCAGCUCUGGAGGAGGUGGAGGAGGUGGCAGCAGCAGCAGCAGCAGCAGCAGCAGUGGCGGUGGUAGCUCUCACUCUCACUCUCACUCCCACUCCCACUCCCAUUCCCAUUCCCAUUCCCAUUCGGCGAAGAAACCGGGGCUCGACUGGAACAAGCUGAUCAAGCGGGCACUGGAGGGGCUCCAUGAGCCUGAUGGCUCCAGCUUAAAGAACAUUGAGCGCUUUCUCAAGUGCCAGGCUGAUGUGGCGGCCUACUUGUCGGGCAGCGGCUCCAUGGGGCUCGGCCUCUUCCACCAGCAGCUGAGGGUGGCCUUGAAGAGGGCUGUGGCCCAUGGACGUGUGGUUAAGCAGGGUCCACUGUUCCAGCUCGUCAGUCGCAGCAGCACCCAGGAUGAUGGGACCGGAACGGUGUCGCUGCAAUCACUUCCACCUGUUCGGUUGCUCGCCCAUGAAAAGGACAAGCCGGUGGCAGAGCCCAUCCCCAUCUGCAGCUUCUGCUUGGGCACCAAGGAGCAGAACCGCGACAAGAAGCCCGAGGAGCUCAUCUCCUGCGCCGACUGUGGCAACAGUGGCCACCCGUCCUGUCUCAAGUUCUCCCCAGAGCUCACAACGCGUGUCAAGGCUCUGUGGUGGCAGUGCAUCGAAUGCAAGACUUGCAGCAGCUGUCAGGAUCAAGGAAAGAAUGCGGACAAUAUGUUGUUCUGUGACUCCUGUGACCGGGGUUUCCACAUGGAGUGCUGUGAUCCUCCUCUAACGCGGAUGCCAAAAGGCAUGUGGAUUUGUCAAAUCUGCCAACCCAGGAAAAAGGGAAGGACGCUUUUACACGAAAAGGCAGCACAAAUCAAACGGCGCUACAGUGCACCACUGGGACGGCCCAAGAACAGGCCGGGGCGGCCCUUCAAGAAACUUGGCAGGCGUGGUCGGCGGAAGCGUUCGGCCUCGGCCAACUCAUCCUCAAGCUCCUCCUGUGAGGGUUACCCGGGGGACGACCGGCUUCUUUUUUCGAUGCGGGACGAUGAUGACCUCUCACAGAGCAGCCUGCGCUUCAACAACAAGACCAAGGGCCUUAUCGACGCCCUCACAAAGUUCUUCACACCGUCACCUGAGGGCCGCAAGGCACGGCAGGAAGUGGUGGACUACUCGCAGCAGUGCCGCAUCCGUAAGAAGGCCAGUCGCAAGGGAGAAGGAGAUGAAAGGGGGGACAAUCAGGAAGGCAGUGACUGGCGUGACGAAGAUGAAAAACUGCCGGGCCACGAAAACCUGACGGAAAAAGACAUUGAACUGUUCAGACAAAUCCAGGAGCUGGCACUGCAGAAAGUCGGGGUGACGGGUCCACCAGACCCUCAGAUGCGCUGUCCGUCAGUCAUUGAAUUCGGCAAGUUUGAAAUCCAGACGUGGUAUUCCUCGCCCUACCCCCAGGAGUACAGCAGACUACCCAAGCUCUACCUGUGUGAGUUCUGCCUGCGCUACAUGAAGAGUCGUAGCAUCCUCUACCAGCACAUGAAGAAGUGCAACUGGUUCCACCCCCCUGCCAACGAGAUCUACCGGAAGGAAGAUGUCUCUGUAUUUGAGGUUGAUGGGAAUGUGAGCACAAUCUACUGUCAGAACCUGUGUCUGCUGGCCAAGCUGUUCCUGGACCACAAGACCCUAUACUACGACGUGGAGCCCUUCCUUUUCUACGUCCUGACCCAGAACGACAACAAAGGGUGUCACCUCGUCGGCUACUUCUCAAAGGAGAAGCACUGUCAACAGAAAUACAACGUAUCAUGCAUCAUGAUUCUUCCACAGUACCAGCGCAGGGGCUACGGACGCUUUCUCAUCGACUUCAGCUACUUACUGUCAAAGCAGGAGGGCCAGCCUGGAUCGCCAGAGAAGCCUUUGUCGGACCUAGGUCGGUUGUCCUACAUGGCCUACUGGCGCAGUGUCGUGCUGGAAUGUCUCCACGAGGUCCGCGACCGGCAGAUCACCAUACGGCAGCUUAGCAAACUGACGGGGAUCUGCCCACAGGACAUCACCACCACCCUGCACAGCCUCAACAUGCUGGAGCAGCGAGGAGACAGGCUCGUCCUUUUGCGAAGGGACAAGCUGGUGAGUAGUCACAUGACUCGACUCAAGGCCCGGCCGCGGCAGCUGGAUGUCGACCCAGAGUGUCUCCGCUGGACGCCCGUCAUUGUAACCAACACCGUGGUCUCCGAUGAUGACGAGGAGGAGGAUGAAGAACCAGAGAAAGACAACCACAAGGAGAUCAAACCAAGUCACAAGCUCCCUCCAAUGUCCUGGCACAUGCGCCAGUGUAAGAAGAGGGAGGAGGAGGACGACGACGAGGACGACGACGGGGAAGAGGAAAGGAAGAGCUUCUUGGGGUUUCCCCUUAGCCAAAGCUCGCCAGCUGCCCCUCCCGUCCGCUGUCCACCCCCUGUCCAAGAACCUCCAAGACCCCCUCCCCCAACAAAUGGAGAACGCAGACCACGGGGGCGCCCACCCAAAAACUGGCCUUGGGGCAAGGUGAAGGACAGCGCGCGGGUGGGACGGCCUCCUAAGAUCCGGCUCAUGGCGGAUGAGGAUGAUGAAGAUGAGGAGAGAACACAGGGAGGAAAAACCACAGGCUCUUCCAGCAGCCCCCCUUCCCUUUUCUCCCUGAACAGACAAGAGUCCACCACCUUUCACUCACUGGACAUGGCCAGGCACCCCUCCAUAACCCCCACAAGAAGAGGGCGGCCCCCAAGGAAAAAGAGAGGCCCAAAGCCCAGACUGACUGAGGGGCAUGGAGAGGGGUUGGCACCGCUCCCUGUGGUGUCCAGGUUAAAUGAUUCUCCGCCCAUCAGGAAGAGCUGCUUCAGUGAAAGCAGUGAAGAAGAGGACGAUGAUGACGAUGACGAAGAUGAUGACGACAUGAGGGCAUGCUCCCCACCCAUCCUCACCAAACCUGCCAUGGGGCUCAAAUGCAAGAAGCCCCUGAGGAAACGUCGCUUUCGCCAGCGCAGCCACCCUCACAGCAGCGUGGUUACGGAGACCAUUUCUGAGACCACAGAGGUGUUGGACGAGCCCUUUGUAGACUCUGACUCCGAGAGGCCUAUGCCAAGGUUGGAGGAGGAGACGCCGCUAGGUCACCCGCUGCGCCGUUACCCCCCAGCCCGCUCUGCUAUGAGGUUGUCAGACCCUGCACCCAAAAGAGGCCGACCCUCCAACCUCUCAGAUUCAGAGGAAGACGAACUAACGCCUGUGCUGAAGCCUGUGCCUGCUCUGCCAGCGACUCCAUCACAGACACUAGAAGCCAACUCUGAAGUCCCAGUCAAAAAGAAGAAAGGCUGGCCCAAGGGAAAGAGCCGCAAACCAUUGCACUGGAAGAAACGGGGACCUGGUAAACCACCUGGCAGUGGGCCCGGCCAGAGAGCUGCAGCAGAUAGCCAUGCCUUAGGUGGGGACCUUCCACCGCCCAAAAUCAAAAUGAAGCCCGGCCGCAAGCCCCGCAGCUGGUACCUGCAGCGGGCCCAGGAGGAGGCAGAGAGGCAGGAGCAGGAAAGACAAAGGCUAUUGGAGCAGCAGCUGGACAGAGAUCCUCAGCUGCUCCAGUCAGACGAUCGUAACAGCAAGCGAGUCUGCAGAACAAGCACUGACAGAGACAACAAACGGAAAGACUCAGAUGAAGAAGACGACUAUCUCCCGAAACCUGUUGAGCUGAAGGUGCCCAAGAGACGAGGGAGACCGCCCAAGAACCGUGCCCUCUGCCAGCCACCACAGCCUGCCCCCAAACCACCUCCCACCUCUGAGCCAGAGGAGGAAGAGGAGGAGGAGGAGGAGACUGAAAUAGCCUGGGAGGAGGACAAACCCAGCCGUCCACCAUCCCAUCCCCUGCUGUCCCCUUCUUCCUCUUCCACAUCAGGGCCCCGGGCCCCACAGUCCCGGCCUCAGGACACAGAUAUGGGCGACAGGGAAGAAGACGAGGACUUUGACGAGAGGGAAGAAGAGGACUGUGGCAGCAUGGGCAGUGGUGGAGGUAGUAUCAACAGGCGAACAGCAGUCACACCAGGUUCAGGAAGCAGGCGCAGUGAAGACCACGAUGCAGACGACGAAGGUGACGGACACUUGGAGGAAAAGAGCAGCGGCAGCAACAACAGCAGUAAAAAGAGAAAAGGUCAGGACUCUGAAGAGGACGAUGAUGAUGAAGAUGAGGAGGAGGAGCCUGCCUCCCUGGCAAGCUCUCCUCCGGUCAAAGAAGAACCCCAAGGUGGAGAGGCUUUUUUAGACAUGGAGAACAGCGUGGCCCGGGACUAUGUCAGCAAGCAAGAGGAGGAAGACGAGGAGGAGGAGGAGGCUGAGGAAGAGGUGCAGGAGACCAAGUGUCGGCCCCCCUCGGCUGAUCCGCAGCAGGAGGAGCGGCGGCGCAGGGAGCAGGAGGAGUCUGCUGCAGCAGCCGCCGCAGUGGAAACGGUUACGGCCAUGUCUGUUCCCUCCGAUCCCAUGGAGCUCCAGCCUCUGCACCCGGACGACAAGGACGUCACGCUGUUGAUGGAGCCCCAGCACGCACAUCCACACUCCCACCCUCACCAGCACUCUGACUUCAAAGAGGAGCUGGGCCACCAUCACCCACACCACCCCCAUCACCACUCCAAUGAGCUGGACCUGGAGACGAUGCAGGCCGUUCAGUCCCUGACACAGGGGGAAGCCCAGGACGAAGAGACGGAACCCCAGCCGCACCACGGCACUUACCAGGACUGUGAGGAGACCCUGGUUGCCUGCCGCACCCUGCAGAGUUACAGCCACACGGGGGAGACAGAGGAGGAGGCCCUGGCCUUAGUAGAGGAGUGUGGGGCCUCCCAGCACAGCAGCCCCCUCCCAAAUCCUCCAGUACUGCCCCUACCCAGCCAGUCUGUGCGCUCGGUGAACAGUCCGGGGCUGCCCUCAGGAAUCAUGGACACUACACCAGCAGGCCAGAGGGGAGGGACGCCUGGCCCUCCCGGAGCAGGAGGCAAUGGUGGAGGUACCGGAGCGGGGUACACCCAAAUCACACCGGAGCAUCCCAGCUCUCUGUCGGCCCCAUCCCAGCAGAACAUGGAGACGUCGCCAAUGAUGGACGUGCCGUCUGUGUCGGACCACUCGCAGCAGGUGGUGGAUAGCGGCUUCAGUGACCUGGGCAGCAUAGAGAGCACCACCGAAAACUACGACAACCCCAGCAGCUAUGACUCUACCAUGGGCGGAGGAGGCAACGGAACAGGGAAUGGGGGCAACGGAGGGGGUAUGUCAGCUGCAGUAGUUGCAGGCGCUUCCACAGCUUCCUCGUCAUCAGCCUCCUCUUCUUCCAGCUCGGCCACACCGUCCGCCUCCUCCCAGUCAAACAGCUGCUCCUUCGUACCGACCCCCAGCCUCACAUCGUCCACGACUACUGGAGGAUCCCAGCUGGCGAUGGGCAGCUGUGGCCUCAUUCAGCAGACAGGACCAGGGCCUAACAGUGGACCGGGUGUCAGUAACGUAGGCAGCGGUGUGCCCCAGCCCCCACCACCUCGACCACCGUCCAACACCCCCAGCUGUGGCAUUAAAUCUCCUCAGAGCUGUGGUGUGAUUGAAAGGCCUCCAAGCACCAACCAGCAGCAGCAGCAGCAACAGCAGUCUCAAAAAAAGGUUCCGCAGCAACAAGCCCCCCCUCAGCCGCCACCCUCAGCACCACAGCAGCAGCAGCAGCAACAACAACAACAACAACAACAACAACAACAACAACAGCAAGCCUUGUCCCAGUGUAGCAUGGGAAAUGGCUUUGCCUCCACACCCAUGAUCAUGGAGAUCCCAGAGAGUGGCGGCGGAGGAGGGGGCCGUACCCUCUAUGAGCGCAUGGGUCAGGACUUUGGCACAGGGGGCUACCCGCAGCCCUCUGCAACAUUCAGCCUUGCGAAACUCCAGCAGCUCACCAACACCAUCAUGGACCCCCAUGCCAUGCCCUACUCGCACUCAGCCGCCGUCACCUCCUACGCCACCAGUGUUUCUCUCUCCAAUCCUGGGCUGGCUCCUUCACCCCACACUCAGGGCCAGCCCACGAUGACCCCACCUCCUAACCUUAGCUCUGGCUCCAUGAAUCUAGGCUCCCUGCAGCUACAGUGCAACAUGCCCACAAUCAACAUUGGCCAGGGACCCACGCCACACACUCAGAGGCUACAGGGCCAGAUGGCAGUCAAAAGUCACAUUUCCAUCCGGUCCAAAGCCACUCAGCAGCUGGCCCCUGCCCCUCACCAGCAGCAGCUCUAUGGCCGUAGCUCUGGGGCCGUGGCAAUGCAGGGCACGCCCCGCACCUUGGCCGUGCAGCGCGGUAUGAUGCCAAACCUCAUGCCCACGCCGGCCCCAUACAAUUCCAUGAACAUGACACCCCUCAAUGCCAUGUCGGCAGGCUACCGAAUGCCCCAGCCCAUGAUGAACAGUGGUUAUCACGGCAAUCCCCCUUACAUGAACCAGCCAGCUCAGUACCCCAUGCAGAUGCAGAUGGGCAUGAUGGGAGGGCAGGGUUACCCACAGCAGCCUAUGCAGCCCAAUCACCACAGCAACAUGAUGUACACCGGCCCCUCCCAUCACAGCUAUGCCGGUGUCCCAAAACAGUCACCGUACAUGAGCAGAUGAGCAUACGGGAACUGAAAGAGGAGACAAUAGGCCAGAGCUGACACUCGCUGUUCUCUAAAUGUCCAUUACUCCUGUCCACCCUCUCCAGUGCCUCGGCAGGCACCAGGGAGUGCAGGUGAGAGAAACAGAAAGGGUCUUUGGGCUUCCUGUUUAUCUAUGUUGACAUUUUGUCCCCUUUUAUUUGGGCUCGUUCCCCCUCCCAGCUGGCUGUGUAUGGGAGCAAGUCGGUAGGAUUCAGGCUCGAGGUGUGUACACGGACCACGACCGGUCAGGCCUUCACGGCCUGCCGAUGCGGUUUCACACAGACACAGGAGUCUCAUCCCCCUCGUGAUGUACAGGGGGAGAGCAGGGGAGAACAGGAACGAUGAGGAAGAUGCGCAAAGAGAGACGACACGGGAGCAGCUGGCUUUGUCAGACUGCGAAUGAGAAACUGAAUAUAUUCAACCAUGCACACAAUCUUUUAAUUGAUAUAGGAAGCCUUACCUUGAAAAAAGAGACAGUGGAACAUAGUGGGCGGACACUUGUUUUGUUAAACAUGAUGUUGAAUCUUAUUUUUGUUGCUGUUUUUGUUGAUUGUUUUUUUUUUAAAUACUCAUGUGCAGUCCGACUUCUUAUAUGCUUUGGUCUUUAUAUGUGCGGGAUUCUGGAAUGGUGAUGCGGCCUCGUGCUCUCUCAGAAGUACCCAAACAUCUCUGUGGCCACCUGGUCAGACAGCUUUUCACCUAGUUCCACAAAAAGCAUAAGAGCGGGGCCUUCGUUGUUUGAGGUGUCAAGCUGUUUUCGUGAGUCCCUGUCUUCCUGGAAUGGACAGUGGUGUUGUACCAAAACACGGCAAAGACACCGAAGAGACGAGCGAGUUACUGACUUCUUUUAUGUCCAUAAAUGAAACGAGUAGCAUUAUUUUCCAGUUUGCCCCCUCUCUGAAAACGCUGAGAUGUAAAUAUUCUGGUACUUCCCAAUAUCCAGCACACGCACACAAACACACUUACACAUGCAGGCUAGCUGACGCCAAUUGGUGGCUGGCUCAGGAAGCAUUCAGCUAUUCCACACUGCACUGACAGAUGGUGUACGCCAGACCCUUUUCUUUUUCCGUUUCUUUUUUUUUUUUUCAGCUGUCUAGGAAAUGCAGAAAAAACUGUGGGAUUCCCACUUAACCGCUUUAAAUAAAAACUAUAGCCGACUUCCUCAAGUGUUAGUGACACUCAGAGGUCGAGGAGUCUGCUUUUGAAAGGUGUAUUCUGUUAAAACUGUUUUUGCAAAAUUCUGCGCUCCCAUUGGCUAGAAAUGUGGCAGUAAGACAGUAUGCCUUGAUCGAGGUGUGCCUCAAUGCCUGAUCUAGUGCAUGGUCACAUACAGGCACUCUACACAUUAAAGCAGGGUCAGAGGUGAGUAAGUGUUGGUGGUCCUGCUGGCAACGGUGGCUGGAUGGCGGGGGGGGGGGCAGACAGUUGACCUUGUUGCUCCAUGUACCAGUAUUCAAAGUCAAAGGAGGAGUUUUCAUUUUUUCUUACAGACCUGACAUUGCAUACGUAAUUUGCGUGUAUUGUUCUGUUCUGUAGUUACGUUUUUUUGUUUUCUUUUCUUUCUGAAUUUUAUCAGACUGGGCAGCUUUCUUUUAUGACACAAGCUGACUCUUUUUGACUUUAGAAAACCUAUUGUAGAGAAAGUGUUUUUUCUAUAAUAUAAAAGAAAAUUCUGACAUUGAUAUUGGUACUGUCAUUUUUUUCACUUCUGUUUCAGGAAAAAAAAAACAAUACAUAUUUUUUAGCUCGCCUCUUGGGUAACGAUUACUAAGAAAUUCAAAAUGUAAAAAAAUUACAACUCACUUUUAGUGACUUUAAGAUGCCUUUAACCUCUCCAUUCCAUCUCAUCUCUAGAGUUUUUCUAUCUUUGUGUAGUAUAUUAAUGCUAUUUUAAACAAAAAGGACUACAAAUAUCUAAAGGUCACUUGGCAUUCUUUUUUUCUUUCUUUUUUUACUUGUGUGUGUAUAGGAUGACUUCCUUACAUUUAAGAGGCAUGUAAAAAUGAGCUCAGUAUAUUUCUGUCUGUUUAUAUCGCUUCCCUUUUUGUAUUCUUUGUAAUUGUACAUGUUGCGUUGUAUGCUAAGAGAUGGCGCAAAAAUAAGGAGAGCAGUGGCAGCUGGGCACAGAAUGAAGGUUGAUUUGUGCCCAGCGGGCUCAACUCUCUACUCUGUCCCUGUAUGUAUUUCCAUUUAUUUGUUUUUUUUUUGUUUUUCUUUCUUAGCAAGUACUUUCAAAGAAAUCUGUACAUUUUAACAUAAAAAUGAAAAUAAAUUAUGUUGAGCCA